AUGGCUUCAAUAAGUUUAUUUGAAGCUUCCGUAGCAUUCUUUUGUUUUAUCAUCCUUUGUUUCUUCCACUUCAAGAAACCUCAUGACGGCUUCCUAAGAAACUGGCCAGGUGUAGGGAUGCUUCCGGGUCUGCUCAUGGAGUUCCAUCAGAUCUAUGAGUUUACUGUGGAGAUUCUUCGGAACUCUAACUUGACAUUUCAAUUUAAGGGCCCUUGGUUUCUUGGAAUGGAUAUGCUGUUCACCGUUGAUCAAGCAAAUAUUCAUCAUAUAAUAAGCUCAAACUUCACCAAUUACAUCAAAGGUCCAGAGUUCAAAGAAGUAUUUGAUGUUCUUGGAGAUGGGAUACUCACCGCGGACUCAGAGCUAUGGAAGAAUCUAAGGAAAGCUUCUAAAGUCAUGUUCAGCCACCAAGGGUUUCGAAGGUUGUCAAUGAGCACCACAAGAAGAAAACUCGAGGAAGGUCUUGUUCCUCUUUUCAAUCGAAUUUCAGAGGAAGGAACGGUCGUGGACUUGCAAGAUGUGUUCGUGAGGUUCAUGUUCGACACAACCCUAGUGACGGUUACCGGGUCUUCUGAUCCUAGAUCUCUCUCCAUUGAAAUGCCAGAGGUUGGUGAGUUCGCUAAAGCUCUCAACGAUGUAGGAGAAGCGAUUAUGUAUAGGCAUGUUAAACCAAUGUUCUUGUGGAAGCUACAAAGAUGGUUUGGAUUCGGACAAGAGAAGAAGCUGUCUAAAGCUAACGACACUUUAAAUCGAAUGUGCACGGUUUAUAUCAACAAAGAGAGAGGAGAUAAGAUCACGAGAUGUUACCAAUAA